CAGACGUCAGGACUCGGCACAGCUGAGGUGAUGAACAGCCGACAUUGUCCCCUGUUUCUCUUCCUCGUCCAACGUCCCUUUAUCUUUCCCUCUUCCACCCCGGCGCAUGUCACUCCGCUCGGGUCUUCUUCAGAAACGGCUCCUUCUCCCUCCACUGCGUCGCGAUGAGGCCUGUUCCAACCCCGGCAGAUGGAGCUCGAAGCACAGCGUGUCGCAACGAUGCGGACGCUCUGUCGUCAAGCGCCACGGCCCCUAUAGCUCCGCUUUCCUACUUCCUCGCUACAGAGGCCGAGCUCGAUUCGACCGAGGCUUCCCCAGAGCUGAGCCCUCGUUCACGAAGCUAUGCGUGCAAGCGAAGCCGUAGCUCCAGUAUAUCCGCGUCCGACCGUUCCGCGCGAAGGAACCGUCAGACGUCCCCGUCGUUGUCAUCGGAAAUGGACCACGGCCUUUCACGACCCAUGACGCCGGUCUUGACCGGCGUUUUGGGUCCAGGUUCUGCCAUGAGCGUCCCGUCAUCACCAGCCAUAUCGUCUAGUGUGUCAGUGUCAGAGGAUCCUCACAGCAUGUCGGGCAGUUUUUCAGAACUAUCGCCUCGCGCGUCGCCUCGCCGCGGGCCCGUGACAGGCAACCUGGGAAAUCCCGGUCCGCAGUUAGUUAUGCCCAGUCUCACCGUCCCACGCCGUCGUCCCUUUUCGGAAGCAGGCAAGUCGCUCGGAAAGCUCAAGGUUCUCGUGACGGGUCGAUCCGGCAUCGGCAAGACGUCUUUGAUAUCGGCCAUGGCACAGUCCUGCGCGCACAUCGUACACAUGGACUACCUGAGCCGUCCCGUUGCCGGAGACGUUGCAGAAAUACAUGCCAGCACGAGGCCACAUCCCUGGUGGCGCAGUGACAUGGACCCGGCUACCUACACUAGGAGAAGACGGAUGUCAUCGGCAACAGAGGAGAUACUAGACCGAAAUUUGUGUUUUGUGGACUGCCCAGGGUCGGGCAAUACCGCCAAGGAUACCCGACCCGACCUUACAUACGUCGAGUCACGGCUGGCACGGCUUUGCAACAAGCCUAUUGAAGACGCGGAUCUUUGCACCCUUCUCAGCAAUGGGAGUGAGCCGAUUGUUGACGUUGUUUUGUAUUUGUUGCCGUGUUCGGGCCCUGACACAGUCGAUUUGGACACUAUCACGGCCUUACAAGCCAUGACGAACGUGAUCCCACUCCUUGCAAGGGCCGACCAGCUCAGCAGUGACGAUGUAGCGGUGUCCAAGGACAAAAUUGGUCAAGCUCUUGGUGAAUUGCACGCCAGUUGCUUCUCCUUUGCCAGCCCCGAAAGCGUGGGGGAGUCCACACAUCUUUUCGCCGUGUCGAGCGCAACCCACUCGGAUCCGGAAAUGGUCGAUGCGAGCAUCCUCAUGAGCUCCGAUUAUCUUCAACCACUUGUGGACACGGAACUUACUCAGCUGGUCGGCCUUGUUUUCUCCCCGGAAGGCUCAUCCUGGCUGAGGCACUCGGCUGCACUCAAAGCGGUAAGCUGGCGCCGGCAGCAGCGUCACAGAAACUCUCUUCAAUCCGCCUUGACGUGCCGGAGGCUGUCCUCUGACGCGGCCCUGGUUCGAUACGGGACGGCCAAUUUUGAAAUGGAACGACAGUACUGGGGCCGGAUCGAAUUAUCGAGCUGGGCAGAAGGCUUGCGCCAGAGUCUAGCAGCGGAAAGGUUGGGCCAAUCUCACCAGUUGCUUGGACAAGAAUUGUCCCGACGGGAGAUGCCGUUAAGCAAGAGUCAAAGGAAAGGUCGAUCGAGCAAAAGCCGGCGGCUAGCUGCCGAAGAACCAGUUAACCCGAAUCAUCAAGAUCCGCUGGGGCUUUUGGAGUUGAUGGGGCAGAUCAAGCACGGAGGGGGCGCCACCUUGGAGUUUCUCAGUAGCUUGGGAGUGGUGGGUUGUAUCGCCGCAUGGUUCAUCCGGCCCGAGUUGGCGCGUCAUUGGGACGUGAAGCUCCCGCCGCCUUGGUGUCUUGCCGCUUGCUGAAAGCACGGCACGGCACGAUUUCGGGACCCGGACUAGAUCUUGUAUGGUCGCCGGUGGUCAGGACUCUGUGGAAGGCGGGCCAUGCAAUAUGCUUUGUACGAUUCAUCAAUACCCCUUUUCAGCUUGGCAUUUGAAAUUGACGUUUCUGGACUGCUUUAUCUCGGCUCCAGCUUAAAUUACAGUAAACGACGGC